AUGAAGGCCUCCGCUGUCAUCGUCCCCGUCGCUCUCAUGAUCGCUCAGCCUGCUCAGGCUAGCAUCGGCCGCGCCGGUGGUCUAGCCGCCGAUUUCUUCGGCGGCGGCAUUGCCGAGCUCUUCACCGAAGUCUUCGGCAAGCGCAGUGGCUUUGUCACCACUGUUCGCUCUCGCCAGGUUGAGGGCGUCCCCGAGUUUGAGUACCAACGCUGCCGCGACGACAUUUCUGGCCUGACCAUUACCGCCACUGCCCCCUCUGCCACUGAGAUCCAGUUCUCGGGCGUUCCCCCCACCUGCAUGAACCUGGCCAACGUGCUCGUCGGCGACGGCACCGGGCCCUUCGCCCUCCCCUGCGGCUCUGACUGCCUCUCCUACAGCAACCUUACUCCUGAGCAGUACAACCAGCUUGCUGAUGCUCUCCGUCCUUACGCCUAA